AUGGCAUCUACAACAUCUCCGAGCACUACGACCUCACGCCCAUAUGCUGGAAAAGCCCAUGAAUAUGUGCCAGAGUUUUCGAACAAGGCCUCAGAGUAUAAAGAGUACAAGAAGCGUGUGCUGUUGUACAAGAAGAAAAUGUCCCUGGCAGGAAGGGCAAAGGAGACAGCCUUCAACAUAAUUGCUGCGCUGACUGGCCGAGCUUGGGAUGCACGUGAAGACCUUCAGAUGGCCGACCUUGAAGCUGAAACUGGAGUGGCCACCCUUCUGAAGGGGCUGGACUCGGUGUUCAAGUACGACGCCAUCACCGAGCUGCGGAAUGACUUUGAAAGAGUACACUUCGAAAGAGCUCUACGCAAACUGGAGAGCCACAGCGUGAACCUCCCGGACAAGGUCAUUGGAUGGUUCUUUCUUAGAAGAGCUGGCCUGAAGCAGGACCAAAGACAGAUGGUGAUGUCAACGCUGUCUGUGGAGAAGCUGAACAUGGAGACCGCCAGAAAAGCCUUGAACUUCGCGAUCGAGCAGGACAGUGCACCAGAAGUUGCAACAGCCUACAACGCCAAGAAUGCCCGGAACAAGGAAUCCAUCUACUAUGAGGAUGACGAGAUGCAGCCCCCGGACUAUUACAACGACCUGGGCUAUGACAACGCUCUUGACGAGGGCUACUACAUGGAUGAUGAUGCGGCAUAUUGGGAUGAAGAUGAUGAUGAAGCCGAUGCGGCUUACACGGCAGAAGAUGCGGCUGCUGAGUGUGAUGAAGUCUUUGCGGCUUACGUUGAGGCAAGACAACGAAUGAACCAGAUGCGGUUGAGCAGGGGAUACUACCCGGUGGUAGCGAUGGUCCCUGGUGGACAGAAUACGUCCAAAGGCCAGCAGAAGGGCAAAAGACCGAUCAAAGGUUCCAAGUCGAAAGGCAAGACUCAGAUGAAGCAGGCGCCUCGCACGCCGAACCCGAGAGCUAGAGGCAAAACUGCCCUUGGUUCAGUGACAUGCCUACGUUGUGGACAAGCCGGACACUAUGCCAAGAACUGUCCUCAAUCCUCAACCAAGAGGAAAGCUGACGGACCUGCUGACUCCGAUGCAAUGGUUCACAUGGUUGCGAACGACGACAACGACGUCCAGCAGAUCAACAUGCACGAGGACGACGGCGAGGAGAGCGAACCAGAUGACACUGGAAUUUGGGAUUGUGGAGCAGCAUCAGUGCUUCUAACCAAGAUGCAGCUCAAAAAGUACCUCAAGAUGCUCCUCAUGGCUGGCUACGACAUCUACAACAUCAAGGUGACCAUCGACUACUCCGAGAAGAAGAUCAAAUGGGGAGAAGGUGAAUGGAAGGUUGCACCCCUUGGUCCCAAAGGAGAAUAUGUGCUACACCUUGCAGAACAUAUUGUUCACCUACGUGAUGCCCCGGUGAAAGAGACCUUGGUCCCUGAAGAUUUCUACGACCAUGUCCAGCUGGAGACGGAGUACAACAUCAUGGACCUGAUCCAGGAGAUGGAGGAGAUCAACAUGAUUGAUGAGAAUGCGCCCAUGGAGACCUCACCAGCAAGAGCCCGAACAACGCCUAGAGACACAGCCUCACCUCACUCUCUGACCGACCUCAACCUGGACAAGAUCAAGGACAUCGAGCCUCCCAUCCUUGUCAACUCCGAUGGAAUUGCACCAGUUCCAUACCAACUUGAUGGAAAUGCUCCUAUGGUUGACGAGAAGAUCAAGGAGCACAGAAUGAAGAAAGUACCACUUGGAGCUGAUGAGAAAAAUGAGCAAACAUCUCCAACUUCAGAUAGCCAACCACCAAAGAAGAUCAAGUUGGAUGAAAGUGUUCAGAACCUCAAGAAGCUCACCGGCAACAAGCUGAGAUCCAUGACCCACAAAUUGGAGCAGAAGGUGAAGGAGAACGAUAAGAUUUUCAUGGCUUGCACCAAGGACGUGGAUGCAAAGCGCUUUUCUUUGGAAGAGGGCUGGGAUUUCACCCAGGCCAAAUGCCGGAAAGCUUUCAUCAACAAGCUUGUCACUGAAGAGCCCGACAGUGUUCUUUUAUCACGAGUUUGCCGUUUGUGGUCAGUUCUCCAGGAGCUCAACAUUGCCCAAAGUGAGGAAUAUCGCGCUGAACUUCAACGUCAACGACAAGAAAAUCACGACACCAUCCUCACCUUUGUGGCGAUCGUCUACGAGAUUCAGCGGAGAAAUGGAAGAGAUGCAACAGUUGAGCAUCCUUGGCGUGCGAAAAGUUGGAGGACAAAAGCUUUUAACAAGAUGAUUGGCUAUGACUGCUACGUGGAUCAGUGCUGCUACAAGCUUGCAAUGCCAGAUGUGGACGGAGUGAUGCUGGCUGAGAACUACCCGCCGAAGCUUGCAGCAAAACUUGCAGAAGCACUGGUGACCCAAGUCAAUCAUUGGGAUGAUGUCAACGCAGCGGAGGAACUGAAUGAAGUCUACAACAAGCUGCGACGUCAAGUUGGCAACAGACCCUUUGAGUACGUGCAGAGAUUGCAUAAGAACACGGGCCACAUCAGCAACGACACCUUGCACCGCAUGCUUGAAGAGAUCCAAGCUACUGAGAAUGUCCUGACCGCCGCCAAGAACUACGUUUGCCCUACGUGCUAUGCCAGAAAGCGACUAGCACAAGCGGCGUCCCAGCUCAGGUGGACAGCCACUGGAUUCAAUGUGAAGAAUCACUUGUUCAACUACGAGAACCUGAAACGCCUGCUGCAAAGAGAAAGAGAGAGCUGA